CAUAAUUAGAUGCAGCCAUUGCCAUUGCUUAGAAAUGGACAAGUUAGAACAGAGGAUUGUGACAGACGAAGGGAAUUUGUUACUCGGUGACUUGACCAAUCAGAGGAGGAAAUCAAGAUGGCUGAUAUUGAUCAGCGACUUCGCCAACAUGGUAAAAGCUUUCAUAGGCUCCAACUACUUGAGUGUGGCGUACGCUUUCACCCAAAGUGGGCUUGUGAUGGGCCUGGUGCUCCUGACUAUCGUGGCCCUCGUCACAGACCACUGCUGUGAUCUUAUCGUCAAAUGUAAAUACACCGUCAUCCAGAAAGUUCUAGAAAACCGUCACCACAGCGCUCCGUUGACCGGCAAGAAAAAAUACUACAACGAAAAUGGCGAUCCGGUAGAAAACAGACAUACACUUGAAGAACAGAUGACGAAAACGUUGAGUUACGGGGACAUCGGAAAAACGGCGUUCGGUGCUCCCGGGGUGACGGUGGUCAAUGCUUGUCUGUUGUUUACCCAGUUCGGGUUCAGCGUGGCCUACUUCAUAUUCAUCGGAAACACGCUGUACACCCUGUUUCCGUACCGAAACACAACCGUACCGACCCAUACCAUGCCCAGCGGAUUCUCUCAGACGCACAACAGUUCUGGAAUGUAUAACGUGUCCUCGCUGGUCUUAGAGUCGACGGCGCCGGAUCUGCGUCUGCUCGUGCUGGUUCCGCUUCCGUUCUUUAUCGUUUUCGCCUUUUUGAGAAGAGUCCGGCACCUGGGCGCGGUGAGCGUGUUGGCGAACGUCUCCAUAUUACUCGGCUGUGUCGUCACGUUGAGUUUUGUUUCUACGG